AUGCGCCUCCGCGCCGCCGCCGCCGCCCUCUGCCUCUGCCUGCUGGGCGCCUGCCGCCUCCGCCGCGGGCUGGAGGCCGCCGCCGUGCGCGGCCCGUCGGCGGCCGCUCCCCAGCGACCCUCGGCAGCCGCGCCUUCCUCCGCCUCCUCCUCCUCCGCCGCCGCCGCCGCCUCCCCCUUCUCCUCCCCGCCGCGGAGGGACGGGGCUCUCCGCAACGGCACGGUGGUGCCGCACCACUACAUGGUGGCCCUGUACCAGCGCCUGGCCGCCCGCCGCGGCCCCGGCGGCCGCGCCGACACCGUCACGGGCUUCGCGGAGCGGGCGCGCAGCGAUGCCUCCCUAUUCGCCUCCGAGCAGCGAUACCUCUUUGACAUCUCCAGCCUGCCUGAGGCAGAGGAGGUGACGGGCGCAGAGCUGCGGGUCCUGCGCGCCCUCCCUGAAAACCGGAGCUUGGCCCUGUCCUCUGAAGGCACCUUCCACCACCUCCUCCUUUCCACCUGCCCAAACCAGGAUGGUGAGGAGCCCCGGCUACUGGACUCCAGGGCUGCAGACAUUUUGGAUGCAGGCUCCUCCAGAUGGGAGGUUUUUGAUGUCUGGGAAGCCUUGCGAGAUCGGAGGGAGAGAUCUCUCUCGGGCACGCUGCUGUGCUUCCUCCUGAGGAUCGUCUCGGAUCAGUCGGGGCAGCUCCUGCCCCCCCGGCAGCUGGGGUUCAGCAAGCCCCAGCCCCAGCCCCAUGAGCGAGCCCUGCUCGUGGCCUUCUCCCGCACCCAGAGGAAGGAGAAUCUCUUCAAGGAGAUCCGGGAUAAGAUCAAGGCCCUGGGCAGCUCCCCAUUCCUGGAGCCCCCCGAUCCUGGCCAGGAGUUGUAUCCCAAGCGGAGGAAGAGAAGGACCACGAUUGCUGCCCGGUCUGGGGGCAGAGGCCAUGGGAAGAAGGCGAAGACCCGCUGCAGCAGGAAACCCUUGCACGUGAACUUCAAGGAGCUGGGCUGGGAUGACUGGAUAAUCGCCCCCCUGGAUUAUGAGGCGUAUCACUGUGAGGGGGUCUGCGACUUCCCCCUGCGCUCCCACCUGGAGCCCACCAACCAUGCCAUUAUUCAGACCCUGAUGAACUCCAUGGACCCAGAGUCCACCCCCCCGAGCUGCUGUGUGCCCUCCAAGCUCAGCCCCAUCAGCAUCCUCUACAUAGACUCUGGGAACAAUGUGGUUUACAAACAGUAUGAGGACAUGGUCGUGGAGACGUGUGGCUGCAGGUAGCAAUUUCUGCAGCUCUCCUCCUCCCCACCCCUCCCUGCCCUGCCCAGCAGCCCUGCCCCAUUUUAUAUAUAUAAAUAUAGAUAUAUAUAUAAAAUAUAUAUAUAUACACACAUACACAUUUUGGUGUGUGCCUUUCUAAAAGCCAAGCUCAGAGCAGCUGUCCCUUGCCUUCCCUGGGCUGCCCUGGCCAUGAGCCCUCCAAGACUGUGAGGCUGAUGCCAUCUUUGUGCCUUGCCUGCUCCCCAUGGGAAAGGGGAGGUACACAGAGCCCCCAGGAAAUGCCUGUUCUGCCUAUGAGCUCUGCCUGCUAGGCUUGAUUUUCCCAAGGGGAGCUGACGCUUUCUUUCCCAAAGGUUUUGGAAAAUGUCUGGCCAAAAUUGUCUCAGUGGGAAUGAUGACCUUGGGUUGGGGGGCAGAUGGAGUGGUGGCUGUGGGAGAGGAAUCUUGUCAGCAUCACCCUCUAGCUGUGGCAGUGGGAUGGAGGUGAGGUGGGAAUGCUCAUUUAUUUGAGUUAAAGGAGUUCUUCUGUCUGCCUUCAAAUUGCUGCCCCAGGUUUUCUGGUGGAAAAAGGAGGGAUCCAUGGGAGAAGGGAGGGGGAGGAGAACCUGUGGCUGCUGGAGGUUGAAAUCAUUUGGUCCAGGCCUGUGUGCAGUGGGAAGAGAUUUGUGAGUCUGCUGGUGGGGACAGGAAAGAAGGUCCUUGUAACUGGAGGCUAAAGCAAGAGUCAGGUCUGAAGUAGAGCUCGUGCUGUCAAAAAAAUGGGAAUGGUCCUGGGAGGUGUUAGCUGGGGGUGCCCUGGCUCCAUGUAGUCCAAAGUGCUGGCCCUGUUGUUGAUGUCCUGCGGGAGGUACUGGCUGGUGAGUCCCCUCCCUUUCCUGCACAAAACCCCAUUUCCAAGGCAUACUGGGAAGGCGGCAUCAGGCCCACAGUUCACACAGCCGUACUUAGCAUGUCUGGAGAAAAACAAAGGUCCUGAGUUCCCCAGGGAAGAGCCAUUUUGCUUGAGUUCUUCUUUUUCCAAAUAAUCUCUGUAAAAGCACUAAGCUCCACCCUAUCUUCCUUUGGCAUCAAUUUCCCAGUAAGCUCCAUCCCUCCCUGGAGCACCGGCCUCUCCCUGCUCCAUUAAAGGAGCCUGGAUCUGCCAGGAAUGGACCUUUCCCAUGCUGUGGGCUGAAUGUCACCCUUGGAGACUGCUACAUAAAAUGGGGUGCUUUGACCCGUGCUGAAAGGGCUGCAGGAUUUUUGCAACUCAGGAGCUGAGUAUAAAUUAUGCCUUUAAAUCAGAGAAACCUCGCAUCCAUGGCAGGGUGUGCUUUUGAUGUUGGGAACUGUUUCUGCUGCACCUCAGUGGCUUUUGGUACCAAACUCUGGCUUCACAGCUGGGUUGGUGUAGACCACAGGUGUAUUUGCACAGACUUUGUGUUUGAUGGUUUGUUUUUUACUGGUGGUCAGAGUGUUGGUAUGUAAACAUCAGUGCUUAUUAGUGACAGUAGUUUGCUUUUGGAGGAGAUAAAUCCCUGCUGGAAAAUAUGGUGUUUUCCCUAUAUGAAACCAGUUGUCCUCCAUGGCAGGGGUGUUCUGCUGGGAAGGCUGGACCUGGCCAGGGCAGAGAGGGGGUCGUCUCAAAGAACUCUACUGGAAUCCAAAUGAUUUCAAGGAUCAGAAAAGCCUUGGUGAGGUCAAACAGCCACUUCCCCACAAGAAAAUAGUGCAUCAGCAGGGAAUAAACUGUGCACACUGAUAAUGGUGAUAGAUCCACUGGGCUAACACCCCCCAGCUUUCCUCUGUCCUCAUCCACAGAGGCUUGCUCUGCAUCCUCAGGCUGUGGCUGGUGGCAACUCAGGAGAGCAAAUGUGGUACCCGUAAGUCUCGUGUAACCCCCUUGACUCCCGUGGAGCUCCUCCAACUUUACAUACAUGUAUCCAAGAGGAAAACCCAUCUCCCUACCUCAGCAUGAAUGUAAAUAUAUAUUAAUGAUGUAACUGUCCCCAGGAGGAUGCUCAGAGGUGGAGGUUGGUGGAGCAGAGGAAGAAUCAGGUCCAUGCGGGUGGGGUUUCUCCCUGCCAGCACCUGGGGAGGCUGAGAUGGAACUAGUGGGUGAGGAGGGAUCGGCAGGAGGGAUGGUGGCUUUCCUUUGCCCUUUGGCUUUAGCACAGAUGGUUUAGGAAGGAGGUUGGCACAGCAGUGCUGGAGCUGCCUGCUCUGGAAACACCGCGCCAUUUAUAAAGUUACCAAGCUUUUGAAGUACCUAAUUUUUCAGUUGUCAUGGGUUGUUUGAUAGUUUUUCUCACUGCUGAGACAAUAUUUUUUAAUGUUUUUGUUUCUCUUACCUCUUCCCCUUCCUCCAAAUAUUUGCGGUGGAGGUUUGUGGGCAGUUCAGAUCCAGGCAAGAGAUAUAUAUAGCUCCUGGCAGCCCCCACAGGCUGGUGGCUCUUGUGAGCCUCAGCCAAAAGGUUGGCCUGAGACCUGCUCCUGUGGGACCAAGUCCAAGGGGGUGUUAAUACCAGUGACCUUCAGUUCUUGUGGCUUUUGUUCAGCCACAGCUGCAGGGAACAGACAGCUGUUGCCCACCUUAGGCCUGGAGGUGGCUGAUGGGGAGCAGGGUGAUGGGUUGGAUCUUGCAGUGCUUCACCCCAACGCCAGUGCUGUGUGCUGUGCUCUGCUGAGGCUCUGCCCUGAACCCCACUGUGGCUUUUCUGGUCCUGGGGGGAAGUUUUGUAGCCUGGAUCAGUACGGUAAACAAGGAUUUGGGGAGAGCGCAGAGGCCGCUGCUGGCAGUGAUGCCAUCCAUGGUUUUGCCCAUCUGGGAAUCAGUCCUGGCUCUCCUGGCUGCAGGUACCUCUCCCUGAGCAGGCAUGUUUGGUGGGGCAGCAAACUUCAGCCCCCCGAGGUGAGCUGUGGGGCCCUUUGUGCUCGCCCCCUGGUGACACUGCUGUGCCAGCUGCUCUUUUAAAGGAGCACCUGCUCCUUUCCUGGGCAAACAACCUCUGGAGGACAACAGGAGGGAAAAGGAUGGAGUCAGACCCUCUUUCUGCUUGCCUAAGGAGAUGGAAGGCAGCCCGGGGCUACUCCAUGGGAAUGUGUAUGUGUGGGGCAAGGCUGGAGGGGAGCGGGGCUGAGGCUCUUGAUGGGUAACUGUGUUCCUCCCCCUGGGAAAGUGUAUCAGCUGCAAUGCUCGGCUGUCACAUUGCUUAUUGCUCCCAGAGGAGCGUUUCCAGAGCAAAAGCACCACUUGUCCCUUUAUGGAUCCCUGCAUGCCAACUGCCAGGGCUGCCUCUCCAUUGCCAGGCGGAUUUGGAAAUUGCACCCAAACACUGGAAUGAGGCUUAGGCAACAACUGUCAGAGCCGCUGCAAAUGUUGAGAGGUUUAGAUUAUAUAUUAGGGGGAAAAAAAAAUUCAUGGAAAGGGUUGUAAAGCAUUGGAACAGACUGCCCAGGGAGGUAGUAGAGUUGCCAUCCCUUGAAGUGUUCAAAAAAAUGUGUGGAUAAGGCAAUUGAGGAUGCAGUUUCAUGGUGAACGUGGUGGUGGUGCUGGGUUGAUGGUAGGACUUGAUGGUCUUUUCCAGCCUUAAUGAUUCUGUGACUCUCAGUGGAAGUGGUGGGUGUGAAAGCCUUUUCUGGACAGGGAGGUUCCCUCAGCUGAGCUGUUGCAGCCCUGCCAUGUUGGGGCAGGUAGGUGGGGCACUGACUGCAGGAUGGUGGCAGCCCAGCCCUCAUCCCUGAAGCUGGUCCUCGGCUGAGCAUCACCCUCUAAUGCUGUAGAAACAGUCCAGGAAAAACGUAUUUCUGAUCAGUUGCCUCUUGCCUGAGCUGAUUUUUGGCCACAUGUAAACUUUAUAAAUAUGAGACUAGAGGUUGAACAUGGACAAAUAUGAAUUCAGUAGGCUCAGAGUGAUUUUAAUGGAUAAUUAUAGGUUCUUAUUCUGCAGUAUUUAUACAACCUUUCCAGUUUAAAAAAAAAAACAAAACCAAAACCAGUUUCCAUGCAGUGUAUAUCCUCCUGGAGGAUUUGUUUGACCUUGAGCACCAUUUUUAUCUGCAGGAUAUAAUUACAGUGAAACUAGAAAUAUUAAGCAUUUGAAAAAGACUAUGUAUCUAUGCUUAACUGGCUCCCUCCCCUCAGACAUGGGAAUGUAAUCAUGCAGGAGCAGGGAAAUGUGGAGUGAUCCCAUUUGACUUGGAAGCACUGGGGCUGCGAUUCAGGGAAGCACACCUGGUUAGGAGACAGGACUGGUGUCUGUGCCUUGAGCUCUGCAAAACCAAACACUGUGCUUAAGCCACUGCCUGCACCAUGGCCUGAAGCCCCCUGUCCAGUGAAGCUCCAUAGCAGGAAUAGUCAAAAGCAAAAUGGUUUUAUGCCUGGUUUAACUGCCUAGUGACCAGGGGUGCUUCUGGCCUAGGAAUAAUGCCCCCAAAAAACAUCCUUUUUUCUUUUAAGGAAUGGUUAAUUUUUGCUUCUCUUAAAAUAGGGGUUUUAUCUAUCCACACACCCCAUUUUUUUUUUUUUUAAACAUAUUUCAAAUCCAGUGAUAGAAGGGAAAUUACUAUCCUCUGGAAAAGAGAAGGGUGUUCAUAUGGAAAAGGGCUUGAUUCAGGGUUGCAGCAUCUUCUCCCGGGCAUAGCUGUGUUGAUUCUGGUCAGCACUGGCAGACAAGACCACGUCUUCUUUGUGUGUUGGCUGACGCUUGGCAUACUCGUAAGGAAAAGACUGCAAAGGUAUUAAAAGUGAAGCCCAAGCCUUGAGCCUUCUGCUCAAGUCCGAGUGCCAGUGACUCCUGGGUGUUUUUGCACCGUGUGGGUUUUAACUCAGGCUGUGGUUACACAGAUGUCACUGGGUGAUGCUGCAGUGAUUUAUCGGUCACACUCCCAUUGCAAAACAAGCAGCUUCUUUUACAGUUUUAAGCCCUUAUGCCACAGACCAAAAGUGGUAUUUAGGGACAGUCACCUGUGCUGGCCCCCACGUAACAGCAGGCACACGCUCUGCUCUUGGCAGCACUGCCUCUCCAGGGAAGAGACAGAGAGGCUGGGGCAUCACUUAGGACCCCUGGGGGAUGUGGGUCCCAGGGGACCACAGCUGGGCAAGUGGAGUAGAGCACCCUGGAAGUUCUGAUGGGAUGUCACAGCUUUGCUCUCCAGACUUAACAGGAGUUUUGCCAUGAGCAAAACUUGUGCUUCUCUUGACAGCAGCAUUUGCAGUUACUCGCAUCAAAACCCCAUGACCUAUGUUAAUGUGAUAGAUACGUCAUAAAUACCAAUCCAGCUCAUACUCUUGUUGGAACAAACCUGGUGGGAAAUGUCAAGGUUUCCUGCCAAGCAUGUAGCGAGUUCUGAAAUCCAAGUGCCUUCUCUUUUGUCUGUGCUGGAGCAGCAGGGCCACGUGCCAGGGAGAAAAAAACUAUGUGGGGCAAUGGCAAUGAGAGUCUGGGUAUUUCACAGAGGUUGUCACCCUAAGCGGGGCUGUACCACUGGGUUUGAAAGAUGGUCAGACUGAAGGGCUGUCACAUGGACCUUGGCUGGGUGGUCCCACCACACAGUUUGCUGUGUCCCCUGUCCUGUGUGCAACUGGAGUUAUGGUGUGAAUUUUUCUCUCUUCACAUCACACUCUGGGGAGGUGAGUGGGUGGGAAAACCUGUGUGGGCAAAACCAAGCACUGGUCUUUGAGAGCAGUGUGGUUCUUCUUUUAAGUCGCCAUGACCAGCAGAUGGAGAGACUGUUUGUGUCUCACUGGAAUCAGAGCAGCUCCUCUGGCAUCAGGGAUCCCUUUAUGGCUAUGUGGGGCCUGAAUGGAGAUGCUGGGUGGCAGGAGCAGAGUGCAGCAGUGUGCUCACUGUGGGAGUGUGUCGUCUCUGAAAACACAGAAGGAGAGGAGUUGGGGGCUAACUAUUCAUGGAUGGAGUGUUCCUGAUGGUCAGGAGCUUGUGACCUUGGUGGUGGUGGGAGAUUUUUUCUGCCUUUCCUAUCUUUGAAUUAAUGGCUGGUAAAAGAGCAAGGUGUUCCACCAGGCUUGUGUGUGUGAGACACCUUCAAUUUUGUCAUAAGCUGGUUUAUGCCUUCCAAGGUAAAACCAGCUGCAUUCAGCUUUUUGAAACUCUUUUUCCUAGUACAGAGUGUUGUGAGGUACACAGAGGUGCAAAGAUGUCUCUGAAAAUCACUUUUACCCUAUCAGUCAAAGUUCUGGGCCUUUGACCAAAAUUUGGAACUCCUGCUGGUGUAACCUACUGACCACGGAGCCCACCCUACAUCUCAAAGGAUAUUUUGCAUCCUUGCACCUCAAGACACAAGUAGCCCAUGUGGCUGCUUUUUCCUUUUCCUGGCAGCAGUACCCAAACAGCCCCUGAAUUUUCCAUGUUGGAGAGGAGCCUGAUGUCAGUGGUGGUGGAAAGAAGCACAUGGGCGGGCUGGCAGAUGCACCAUGUUUAACUCUGAAUGGACUAGGGUAGGAAACUUGGGCAGCAGAGCAUUUUCAUGGAGCUGGCAUUGAAAAAUCUUAAACCGAAGCUUGAUUCAUUCCCAGAAAUGGCUGAAAACAAAACCUUCCCAUUUUCAGUGGUUUUUCAUCAGGUUUUGCUCUCCAUUUUUCUGUCGUCACCACUUAAUAGUCCAUUCAUACAUUUUGUAAGCUCGUUUUUUUCUGCUUUGGUACUGGUUUUCAUGCUUUGGGUUUUCAGGAUGAGGAGUGCAAACUUGCUGUGGUGUUUGGUGAGGGGAGGAGGGUGAAGAAGGGAAGACUGAGCCUCAACAGCAGGAGGACAGGGAUCAGUCUGUGCCCUUGAGAAGGGGACAGUGAGGGGAUGGGUCUGGCAGGGUUGAAAACAGUGGGAGGAGGGGACUUGCUCAUGAUGGGUCCCACACUCACGUGCUUUGCUGAUGGAACAUGGGAGAGUUUGGGUCUCCCCUCUUCUCCUCUUUGCCACAGUGUCAACCUAUGCUGGUGCCACCCUGGUCUCCAUCAUCAGGAACGAGACCCAGAGACUGGACCAAGCCUGGCCUCCCUGGGAACUGUGGCAUCCAGUUGGUCCCAGUUUUUGGGGAGACAGUAAUGUUCCCUGUGGUGUUUCAUUAAUUUACUCCAUCCUGCCUUGGUGGAGAGAGAGGAGGGGAGCAGUAGGGGAAUUCCAAGAGGCAAAGUUUGGGGCUGCUUUGGUCCCAAGCUGGUCAUCCUAGGGAGCUGCGUGCCAGCUGUGUGCUGGGAGCUGCUGAGCACCAAGGGGCUCACAGAAGUUCAGCCAUUAGCAGCAGAAUUUAAAAUAGCAUCCACAGGCCAGGAAAAGGGAUGGUCAAACAUGGAGGGGCUGGGCUGUGGUCCUUGAAAAGGUGCCAGAGUUAAGUGGGUGUGUAGGUGGUCGAUCAGCUGGGGAUGAGCCACUUUGUAGGGGCAGCUCAUCCCCUCCUUGUUCAAUGUGGAACUCCUGCUGGUGUAACCCACUGACCAGGGAGCUCACCCUACAUCUCAAAGGAUAUUUUGCAUCAAGGAGGGAAGGGAUCAUUCUGGUUACAUUCAUCCCACGUGUUUCAGAAAGCGACAUUUGUGCAGUGCCUUUGCAGAUCAAGCUCUUACAGCCUGAGGAGCAGUUGGGGGCUGUGCCCAGCUGGAGUCACCAGCUCCGUCCUGGAGAUGCUGCUCACAAGGACUGGGCACAUGUCUGUGCAGGACAGACCUUCUCUGCUCGUGGUCAUCCCUGUUUUGGAUGCAGCAGGAGCAAUGUUGAUCCAGUUUGCUCAGUCCCUCCAUAUCCCAUCACCAUGUGCUCUGUCUCUCAAGUCAACACUAUCUGGAGUUCCUUUGACUAAACGAGCCUCUCUGCUGGUCAGUCGUGGUUUUAUUUAUAUGUUCUUUUCUUUGAUCAGAAAGGAAAAUAUCAAAAAAUGAAAAAGGACUCAUGUUUCCAAUAGCUGUAUCUCUCGUAGUUAUGAAUUUUGAAGCAAUACUCGUAUCCCUGUGUGUGCCUCUGAACUAUCCAUUUAUUUGUUCAGCUUUUUCAGGUCUGAGCGUGUGAAAUAUCUCUGAAGAAGAUAGCUCUGUAUGUGAUGGUGUAAAUGCAUUGUUUGUAUGUAUCUAAAGUUUAAAUAGAUUGUACAUAUGGGAUUGUAAAUGAACUGUAAACAGCAAUCUAUAUUUUCUUGAAUAUAUUAUAUAGCAGUAUAUAUUUGUUAAAUAAGUAUUCUUGUAUACUCUUCAAUAACCUUUUUAAUAUUUUGUACAGAUAAGUUUAUUAAAUAUUUUAUUGAUAAAUAGACCUCUGCAAGAUUUCUUUUUCUUCUGAAGACUUGUGCCUGUGUCGUGAAACCGGAUAUCAG